AUUACUUAGGUUAAUAAAGAAUAAUACUAUUAAUUAUUUCAAAUAUAUAUUUAUUUAUAAUUUUUUAAUACCUAACUAAAUAUGAGUGAUUUUAAAUUAAGAACCUCUGUUUCUUAGCAGGGAGAAAGGAUUAGACCUUUUUUUUCAAGAUAACAGAAUAAUAGACCUGUACCAUAAACAAGUUAUAAUCAAAAAAGAUCUCAUAAUAGUAAAUUAGAAUAGCCAGGAUUAUAUUUUGAUUUAAAUUAAGCAAAAGAUAUGGUAAAUUUCUAAAAUCCUCUGAUAAAUAGAACUUAAUCAUAGCAAUAAAUGCGUUCAAGAAGUGGAUUUGCAUUUAGCGAGAAGAGUUAAAAGCUAUAUUCCCCUUAUGAAUAUUUGCACUAUGCAACAAAGGUUAAUGGAUCAAAAGAAUAGUAUUUAAAUGCUCUAUAAUAAUUGGGAUAUGAUUAGGCAGAAGUAUUCUAAAAUAGACCAUUAAAUGAAAUAAUAAAUAAUACUAACGGAAUAAUUAAUAGGUCUUAUAGCGUUAAGUACAUGGGUAUAAUAGAUGGUAAUAUGGGUAUACUUACUAAUCGUAAAAAAAUAUAAAGUAAAUAAAUCUAAAAUUUAUCGUAAUAAUUCCAAAAGCAAUAAGCUGAAUAAGAAACUGAUAAAAAUAAGCACUAAACUAACCACUUUAAGUAUGGGAUUAACUCAUCAGAGAUUUCGCAUGAUGAAAAUUUAAAUAAACUCUAUCAGUAUUAGGCAAAUAAUUAAAAUGAAGAAAUAGCUGCUGUAUAAUAAGUUUCUUUGGGAGAUAAUAGGUAAAGUAAACUUCGUUUAGAAACAAAUACUGAAUAAUAAGUUUCAAAACCAUCAGAAAUAGUAUCAUAAAAUUAAUAAAUCUAAUUAGAGUAAAAACCUCAAAAAUAAUAUUAAAUAAAAGAAUAGAAAAUUCCUUCUUAAAAUAAAUUAUAAACAGUAGUAACUAAUACUAACUUACAAUCUUAAACAAACAACACUUAGUAAGCCGAUCCAAUUGAGCCUUAAAUAUAAAAAAUACCUCACCCUGAGAAUUAUAGUACCUAUCUUGUAGGAAAAUAUGCCUUACCAAGAGGAUUAAAAUCAAUAAAAAAGAUGAGAGAUCCAGCAAUUUUGUAAUAAAAAUUAAAAUUAGAGCAAUGGCAUGCUGAAAAAAUAAAAGUUUUUGAAGUAAGUGAAUAGCAAGGAGGAGGAUUCUCUAUAUAAAACUCUAAUCAUAAUAAAAGUAAUUCAUCUUUAAAUUAUCCUCAUCACUAAGGAAUGUUUGGGUAAACAAAAUCAAAUUUUAUGAAAUCAAGUAUGCAUUUCUCUUAAUAACAAAAUGGAAAUGCUCGUAUGAAGAGCAGCUUAUAUAAGAAACCCUUACAAAAUUAUGAAGAAAAUGUAGAAGAAGGUAUUUGCUAUGCUAUUAUUGAUUAAAAUCCUAAUUAAGAUACUGUUUCAUUCAGUAAACUACUGUAGCAUAUUGAUAGAGUAGAUCCUUCUUAUGUAAUUAAUCGUAUUUUACCUAAAGCAUAAUAAAAUAAAAGUAAGCAAUAGCCUCCUGGAGUAACUUUUGAAUAAAAUACUUAACUCUUCCAAAGAUAUUAAAAUUUAGAGACAAAAACAUUUAUAGCAUCUGCUUCUCCCAACAAAUCAUAGUAAUCAGAUGCUAAUUGA